GUUCUCUUUCCAGGACCUCCGGUUGUAGCCGAAUCAAUAGUCGGCACCCAUGCAAGACUGCCAUGUAAUGUAACCCCACCAUUACUCGAAGAUCGUGUGGCCUUGGUGAUAUGGUAUAAAGUUGGACUGAAGACACCCAUUUACAGUGUUGAUACCCGUGAAUCGAACUUUUCCCAUGCCACUCAUUGGUCAGAUGAAGCAUAUCGAGAACGUUUGUCCUUUGCCCUCGAUGGCCGCACCGGUACACUAACCAUGACAAAUGCCCAACAGGAGGAUACGGGCGAAUAUCGGUGCCGUGUCGAUUUUCAAAAGAGCCCAACACGUAAUUCCAAAGUUAAUUUGACCGUCAUAAUUCCACCCGAAUCGAUUACAAUACUGGAUCACAAAGGUACAACAAUAAAGGAUCAUGUUUUGGGUCCAUACAAUGAAGGUGCCAUAAUAAAUAUAACUUGUGUGGCUAUUGGUGGUUCACCACAACCACGCGUUACCUGGUGGCGUGAAAAUACACUGCUUGACGGCUCAUCACAUCCAUUGUCAGAUCGUCGUGUCGGCAAUAUCCUUUCACUGGGCAAAUUGAAACGCAGCAAUUUGAACAUGCAGCUAACGUGCGUGGCAGCCAACAAUAAUAUCACGGUGCCAAUAACAAACACCGUGACAUUGGACAUGAACUUACGCCCCCUGUUCGUAAAACUCCAAGGAGAAAAUCGCCCCUUAUCUGCGGGGAAUUCCUAUCAGCUGAGUUGUGUUGUCACUGGUUCGCGGCCGGCACCUACUAUCACCUGGUGGAAGGGUAGUACACCAAUGAAGAAUACUCAUGAAAUUGCUAAUCCCGAUGGUAAUAUGACCACAUCAAUAUUAACCUUUACACCCACAAUUGAUGACCGUGGCAAAUAUUUAUCCUGUCGUGCCGAACAGAGUAUGAUACCCGAAUCGGGCAUGGAAGAUGGCUGGAAAUUGGAUAUUUAUCAUAUUCCCGUUGUUAGCCUGGAACUGGGUACUAAUUCCAUGAACUCAACACUGCGUGAGGGUAUCGAUGUCUUUUUCGAAUGUAAUAUCAAAUCGAAUCCCUGGGUGAAUAAAGUCAGUUGGCGUCAUAAUGGCAACAUAUUGGAAAACAAUAUCACCGAAGGCAUCAUUGUUGCCAAUCAAAGUCUGGUAUUGCAAAAUGUCAGCCGAGCCCGGAGUGGCAUCUAUACCUGUGUGGGUAAUAAUCGUGAGGGUGAUGGUGAAAGUAAUCCGGUGCAUUUGGAUAUAAGAUUUGCACCUGUCUGCCGACAAGGCCAACGGACGAUUUACAGUACUGGACGCCAGGAGAUGGCAAAAGUCGCCUGCGAAAUUGAAGCAAAUCCACCGGAAGCCACCUACAUAUGGAAAUUCAAUGCAACACUUGGCGAAACAAUUGAUAUACCGGCAUCUCACAUAGCUGUCGAUCGUGGCCGGAGCAUAGCCCAUUAUACACCGAUGACAGAGAAUGACUAUGGCACUUUACUGUGUUGGGCCAGUAAUGAAAUCGGCGAUCAAACAGAACCCUGUGUCUACACCAUUGCACCAGCAGGUGAACCCGAUCCCUUGGUAAAUUGCACCCUGCUAAACCAAACCUCCACUGGCUUUCAAAUCGAAUGCCUUGAAGGUUUUGAUGGUGGCCUACAGCAGGAUUUCAUCAUGGAGGUAUAUGUGAAUGGUACCACAAGGCAUCCGAAAAUCUAUAAAUCUAAAACCCCUUACUUUGAGGUGCGUGGCCUGAUUCCAGGUGCCGGCUAUAAUGUAUUUUUGGUAGCUCACAAUAGCAAAGGACGCAGUAAUGCCACAAUCCUGCAAGUCUAUACACUUAAGGAUCCUGAAAAACAGACAGUUUUGAUUACAUACAAAAAACAAUUCGUUACAACAAUGCCUAUGUUUAAUGCGACUAUUGUCAGCACUUCAACAGCUACCACUACCCCUUGUACACCUUAUAAUUUAACACCACCACCACCCAAGUCCAAUAAGAAAAAUCUCUCUCUGGCCUAUGCCCCCGUCAUCGAAGAUAUCCGGCCAUUUUUGGGCAUCUUGGUUGGCAUUGUGGUCAGCAUCAUAUUGGUCGCCUUUAUUAUUGUAAUAAUUGUACGCAUGCGCGGUUCAUCGGGACGGGAUCGUAAUAACUAUAUGCAUGGCACGGCGACAGCUCAGGGCCGAAAUAAUAAUGGACUGGGUUCGCUGCACAACAGUCAUGAUAUGCAUAAUGGUCGUGGCAAUUGCCAUGUGACGAGCAGUAUCGAUAGCAUCGAUAAGAAUCCGGAUAUAAUACCACAGGACGGCCACGACGAAGAUGACGAAUGGACAACGAAUGCCCACAAUCAUGCCUUUGCCACAGCCGCUUUGGCCGAACAGAAUGCCGUGAUCACCUCAUCGACCACCUAUGAUCACAUUAUACCCACCUAUGCUGUGGUAGAUAAGAAAUCGCAGAGCCAACAUUUACAACAACUGCAACAGCAGCAACAACAUCAACAACAAGCCCAACAGAUGUCAGUGCAACCACCCGCCCACCAUGGACAAUAUUUGCAAUACAAUACGCUGAUACCGACCAACAAAAUGGGUGCAUAUGGCGCCCAACAGCAAGCAGGCGGUACAAAG